GUACCUUUUUACUUUGGAGCGUUUGUCCUCUUUCUCCAACUGAAUUACUGCUGCUUGUAGGCGAAUGGUCUGUCGCGUUUCUUAACAAGUCCUUGUUUCGGAGAACACCAGACAUUAUUCCGCAGCAGGACUAUAACAGCAAGACAGCGCAAUGAUGAACAGGAACGGAAUGGUCACAAAGAUUCGCACGCGAAUAAGGACCGACCCCUUCAAGAACAGCUACGACCUGGUCGGCAAAGAGCUUGGAAGGGGCAAGUUUGCUGUUGUAAAGAAGUGUGUUGAGAAGACAACCGGGAAGGAACAUGCUGCCAAGUUCCUGAGGAAAAGGCGAAAGGGUCUGGAUUGCCGUGGCGACAUUCUGAAUGAGAUUGCAGUGCUGGAAUCGGCGGAGUCGAAUCCCUAUGUGGUGGCACUGCACGAAGUCUAUGAGACCACCGCAGAAAUCAUCCUUGUAUUAGAGUGUGCUGCUGGAGGGGAAAUUUUUAAUCAGUGUGUCGCCGACAACGAUGAGGCCUUCACAGAGAAAGACGUAAUCCGAUUGGCCAGGCAGAUUCUAAAGGGCGUGUCCUGUCUUCAUCAGAAAAACGUGGUGCAUCUGGACCUUAAGCCUCAGAACAUCCUGUUGACCAGUGCUCAGCCAUUGGGUGACAUACGUAUUGUUGAUUUUGGCUUGUCUCGGCGGAUGGACAGCGUGUCAGAGGUACGGGAGAUCCUGGGCACUCCUGAGUAUGUGGCUCCUGAAAUUCUGAACUAUGAGCCCAUCAGCACAGCUACUGACAUGUGGAGUAUUGGAGUACUGACAUAUGUGAUGCUGACAGGGGAGUCACCUUUUCUUGGGGAUGACAAACAGGUGACCUUCCUGAACAUCUCCCAGGUCAACGUGGACUAUUCAGAGGAUGUCUUUCAGGGCAUCUCUGACCUCGCUGUGGACUUCAUCCAAUCGCUGCUCAUCAAAAACCCCAGAAAACGAGCAACUGCAGAACAGUGUUUAAAUCAUCCCUGGUUAAACAGCCACUCUCAUCACCAUUCUGUUGACACUCCUCUUGAUGAACAAGAAGCCAGCCAGUCAGAAUCCGAGCCUGAAAGUCCAGUACCUUCCCCAGAGCUUGUUGACAUGCCUUCAUAUCCCACCUACCCGGGUCAGGGGGAGCUGAAGACAGGUCGGGACACUUUCAGUUUCUCAGAACCCUUCCCAUCCCGUCCUGAGAUACAACAAGAGCUCAUCUGUUAAGUCGCAGACAUGAUUGCUCAAUCAAUGGAGAGCUGCUUGAGUUCUUCAGCCAAUGAAUUUCCUCCGUGUUACUGACCAAAAGACUCAACCUGCCAAACUGGUUUGGCCUAGUUUGGACUGGACAGCGACGUUCUGCUCAGGAGUAUGUGGCACCAUUGUGUAUGUGCAUGUAAUGUCUUUGUGUAUUGUUGUGUAGGAUACAUGGCUGUCUGUGUUCGGGCACUGUCAGUGUGAAUGCCAGUUAAGUCUUCCUUUUUACCACAGACGUAUGCGUGUGUGUGUCUACAACAAAUCUCAAUGAAAGAUCUGACCACCUUUUAUAAGCCCUUAAUAAAGCAUUCCUAAGCUCUUUAUAAAGGUUCUGAAAUUGACAAUGGACUAUUCUUGAACCUUUUCUCUGCUGUCUGUACUUGGUCCAAAACUCAAGUUGGAGUCUCUCUAGGAAGUGCCUGCUGCUUUGUAGGAAGGAAAAAGGAAGCAUUUGUAGGAGGGAAAAGAGAAGCUCUGAGGAACUGACAUGUUUUAAUCAUCAUCGCUUGUCAUUGGACCAACACAUAUUGUGAAAUAUUAUGAAGAACUGAUGUUUCUUUCAUGCAAGCCCAUGAUGCUCAUCUGCUCACUUUUGGACCAGUUGAAGACAUUGUCUAAUUCGGCUUCACCAUUUAGGCUCGCAGUUGACACGGUAGAUUUGACAUUUUCUGUUGCAUCAAAUUCAAAUGUUAGGUUGCAUCAUACAUUCAGAGUGAUAUCUGCAAUGAACUUAAAGAAUUUGAUGUCAGAAGCCCUCUUUUUUGUUCAAGCACUUUUGGAGUGGAAAAAGUUUAUACUCAAAGUCAAAUCUCCUAACAAGCACAUUUAAGUAGUUCAAGAUGGUAUAAUCAUACAUACCCACAAUCGACUUUGUUCUUUCUCCACAUAAUUUCUGUUGAGUGCCACAAAACCACUUUUUUUUUUUUUAUGUUCUUAGUCAUUAUAACAAGUUUGCUAUAAUUGCACAAUUGUCUCGUACCGAUAUUGUGUUUUUAUUUGUUUGUCUUCUGUAUGUUAUUUUUGUUUGGUAGGGCAUCAUGGCUAAGGAGAGGUACAUUUCCCACCAAUAGAAAGAUGUCGGUGAUGGAGUGGGGUUUAUUUUGAGACCCACUGAUGUUCAUAGUUAAACUGAGGGGCUGUUUAAAAGGUCUUUUGGUAUUUGUAUAUUCCAGACAAUUGUGGGAGAUGUUUGCAUUUGAGAAGAACCGAGUGCAACAAACAAAAGGCUUUGGAUAAGUGUAUAUGUUUUCUUUAUUUUAAAAAAGAAUGUUGUAUAAAAGUAUUUUUCUACAGUCAUGGUAUUUUAUGAUAAUAUGAGGAAAAUAAAAAGCUUGUAAUAUUAAUUUAGAUAUUUUUAACCAGUUGUGCUUAAAAGAUUUGCACUUGUCCGAUUGGUAACCUGUAUUAUUGGCAUGCCUGGCAAAAUAUUGAAGAAAAUAAAUAUUUUAUUAAACAUGAA